CCAGACUCAGACCACAAUGAAAAAAACUACAUAGAAAGUCGGUCCUACUGAGAUGGCAAAUAACGAGAAACUGGGACUAUACAUUCCGGGUUUGGCUUCAAAAAGGAGCUGGCUUUGCUCUCAAAAAUCAAACACAAGACGUGCUAACUUUGUUGCCUGCCGCUUCUUUUUUACUUCCUCUUCAAACAACGGCAACAAAAACAAGCCUCGCUCUUUCUCUUUCUUUUUCCUGUUAUACGACUGCAAGUUUUUGCCUUUUAUAUAGCUUCCAAGCUGUAGACGCUUGGUGAUCUUAUCGUUUUCUAAUGUUUAAUAAAAAAAUUUUACACCAAACAUUAGGCCUUGUUUAGCUUCUGCUGAUUUUUAAGGUUAAAUGGGAGUGGGUCUCGGCUUAAAAGUUCAGCUGCACAAAAGUGGAAAGAAAAGAACAAGUUUAAAUAAGAGGAGGUUAGUCCCACUUUCUAUUUUGGUUAGCUUCAAGCUUUUAAAUGUUGAGACGCUGAGAAAUUGAAAAGAAUGGAGAGAAGAUGACACAAAAAGGCUGAACCUGAUAUAGAGCUAUUCGCCUAUUUGGCUUAGUUAAACUGAAAUGACAUUUACACCUGAGAACUAGCUGAGCAUAUUCGCAAAAGAAUUUUCUUUUCGUUUCUUUUCUUUGGCUGUCUCAGCAAAUAAAGAAAGGGUAUGGAAAAUUUCCAGCUUUUGGGGUUUUUAAGUGUUUGAUACAGUUAGAGUAUUGCGGAAGAUUCAGACAACAUGGGCUUUUUUUCCUACACUAGGAGUUGUAUCGAAUUCCAGUAUUUUAGUUUAUAAUCUGUCGAUUCUUUUUUUCAUUUUGGGUAGUGGCAGAAGUGCAGCAACUGGUAAAGUGGUUUCUGGCUUUUAUUAUUGUUUUUUGUUGCCCUAACUUGGUUAGAGCUUUGCUAAUGUUUGGUUGGUAUAAUUGCAUUUUGUAUCGUAUUAGGUUGUAACUUAGUUUUCAACUGUUUGACUCUGUCUUCAAGUUUCAUGCUUGCUGUUGUCAUAUUGUUAAUGAUUCUUUGUGGUUCUUAUUUUAAAAUUCUCGAGAUUCAAAGGUUUUCGUUUGACUCUCCCUUCACUGACGCAAAGACGAGCACCUGUUGCCAUUGAAUCUUUUUGGGGUCUCCACUCUUCAGUUUAAAAUGCUUGGGGAUAUGCUAAUAUACUAUAUGAUUUCAAAGUUUUGAUUAAGGCAUACCCGGUCCAAUAUCCUUCACGGGUGUAAUGGCUACAGCUGCUGCAAUGCUUAUGUCUCGAGAAUCAUCCAAUUAUGAUGAGAUUUCUAUGCAGCAGAGCUUGUUGUUCUCUGAUAGUCUCAAGGAUUUGAAAAAUCUGAGAACACAGCUCUAUUCAGCAGCUGAGUAUUUUGAGCUGUCCUACACCAAUGAUGACCAAAAGCAGAUAGUGGUAGAAACAUUAAAAGAUUAUGCCAUCAAAGCUCUUGUGAAUACUGUAGACCAUUUGGGUUCUGUGACAUACAAGGUUAAUGAUCUUUUGUAUGAAAAAGUUGAAGAGGUUUCUGGAGCAGAGCUCCGAGUAUCUUGUAUUGAACAGAGACUACGGACAUGCCAAGAGUGUAUCGAUCAUGAAGGAAUUUCCCAACAGUCACUGAUCAUUGAUACUCCCAAGUACCAUAAACAGUACAUCUUGCCAGUUGGGGAGACCAUGCAUGGUGCAAACCGUACAAAGUCAAAAUACCUAGGAUGCAACCUAGAUGAUGAAGAUGACUGGCAUCAGUUUAGGAAUGCUGUCCGAGCUACAAUUAGAGAAACCCCAACAUCUUCAGUCAGUGAAACCCCAACAUCAUCAGUCAGAAGAGGGCGUUCUCCAUCACCUUCUCCACGGCCUCCACAGCGAUCUGCAACCUUUUCCUUUACUGCCACCAUGCCCAAGAAAGAAAUAGAGAAGCGAACGCCAUCACCGCAUCGAUUUCCACUUUUACGCUCUGGAUCUAUUAGCAGACCUACAACCCCAAAUAAGAGCCGGCCAACUACCCCAAAUUCAGCUGGUGCAAGGCGGCGGUAUCCAUCAGAGCCUCGGAAAUCAGCUUCAAUGCAUCUUCAAUCUGAGAAAGACAACCCCAAAGACAUUGAACAGUAUCCAAGCAAAAGUAAAAGACUCCUCAAAGCAUUGCUUAGUCGUCGCAAAUCAAAGAAAGAUGAGAUGCUUUAUACUUAUUUAGAUGAAUACUGAGAAAAGAAAACUACAAGGAUGACAGAGGGCCAGCAAAAUGGCCAGUGAUAGCGGCAAAGAAAAAAGGGUGAUUCAAGGAAGUGAGGAAAGACUCUGGACUUGGCACUCCUUUGUUUUUAUUUGUUUUCAGUUCCCUUUGUAAGUUACCUUUCUGCUUGGCUACCUUUUUUUCCUUUCUAUAAAAAUAUUCCAGUCUAAGAUAAUUGAUAAUUGUCAUUGCGUAUUAGGAUUACUAUCAUUUUUCAGCCCACAAGCUAUGUAUACUUUUCUGUUAUAUUUCACUGUUGGCCCUGAAAUGAUGUAUAUCAUUAUUGACAUUAGCUCUCAAUCAUAAAAUGCAUCUUUCGGUAUGCUGGGAAUGCUCCCACCGUGCUCUCAAAUGAAGUCAUUGUAUGCGGUUGUAACCAUUUUGAAGUUUGUAUGAAAGGUUGAA